ACAACGUAACUGCAUAGAAAACCAUUGAUAAGAUCAUAAUCUUCCCUGUUCAAUUCUGGGUUUUAUUAAUAUCAUACAAUUGAACAUGAUUACUUUAAAAAAGCAUUUAAGAUUUUGAUGAUAAUUAAAGCCUAUAUAAAUAACCAAGAGUAAAAUACUCAUAUAUUAAUUCAAUAUGAUAUUUAAAGUAUUAUUUUUGACUCUAACAGUUGUUGCUGCACAAUUAGUUUUUGGAAGAAGAUUUCAGGACGAUGUCGUUGAAUGGGUCGAUUAUCAUGUAAAUUCCAUUCCCGAAAAUGCAAUUAACGUUGGGAAAACGCAGGACAAUAAGAACAUUUAUAUAGGAUUAGUUCAUUUUGUGCAUGAACAAGCAGAAGGACUUGUCCCAACUAGCAUUGUGGAAGGAGAAGAAUGUGCGUAUGGUUUGCAGGAAUUCAAUAUUACCCAGUAUUGUGAUAAUAUUAAGAUACUGGUUGGUAAAAACGAUUAUAAAGAUACCCUAUAUUGGCAAUAUGUUGCAGCUAUAAAUUUCACGAAGUUAUUUAAUUCAGAUGAUCAUCGACCUGUACGAGCUGGAUGGGAAACAUUCAGAUGGCCCUGUAACACAUCCAUUUACAUCGGUAGGCCAAAUUUCGAUAACAGAAACUGGGUGGGCAAAAUUUUUAAUAGCCAUAUUAAUUGGCAGUGGAAUGAUUUACCUGCAUAUCCAUAUAUAAACUUUUCAGAUCCUUAUAAAUACGAUCAUAUCAGAGUUCAAUGGGCAGGCGUUUAUGAUGUGCUUAUGUUUAAGAAUUAGUAGUGUAUAUGUUUAUAAAUAAAUUCAACCUUAAAACUC